AAGAGAUAGAGAUGGAUUCAAUCUUUCUAGAAUUUCCGGACUGAUUUUGUUUCCGAGAUUUUCUUUCAUUCAUUGUUGAAGAAAAACACAAAUCUUUCUUUCUUGGCACGCCUUUGUUUAACAGAAUCACCUGAAAAAAUAUUCAUUAAGAAAGAGAUCAGACUCUCUUUCUAAUGGAUUCUCCUGAUUGAAUAAUAUUUUGGUUGAGAAAUCGAUUUUUCGAUUUCAAAACUCGCGAUGUCAAGCGGGAGGCUUUGCGGCUUCACGCCGAUAACCUUCUGUCGCAAAAUCUCAAGAUUGCAGGUCGCAAGAGGGCUUGCUCUAAAAAGGCUUAUCAAAGGAAAACACGAUUUUAGACGCACAACAACAUCAAAGAACAAUGUCGAAAAAAAGAAAAAUAAAGAGAUCAGACGCACAGUUUCACAGAUCUCUUCUUCUGUUGCACAAGCUUCUUCUCCAAAGAGUUUCAAUUCUACAAAACAUGUUUCUACUCCCACCGCGACCGCGUCUCCUUUGUCAGUAAAGAACUCAAAGACGAAAGCGAAUACACCUAGAAAGAACACUUUGGAGGGUUCUUCGCCGAAAUGCUCAGCAAAUUUCAUUUUGAUGGUUGAGUUAAGGAAAAACAUAUUCGCUUUUAGAGAUAUGAUUGAUUUACCUUCUCUUGAUGGUUCUCUAUCUGUCACCGAGAUUAUAACACAAACAAUGAAGGAUCUACAAAAGCUAUCUCCUGAGAUUGUAACCAUUAAUCAAUCUUUUGAAAUGGAAGGAGCUGACAUGGAUAAGAUGUUAAUUUUCUUCUACGAAGAUCUCAGAGCUAUUGGGGAUUCUUGGAUUAUGGAUAGUGACUGGAUUUAUCGAUCUAAGUACAAAAACAGUGGAGUUGGGAAGAAUAAAUCAGAUCGUCUAGUGGAGCAUGUAUUAGCAGCUCUUGAUGGACUAAUCAAAACGACGAGAGAAAGAUUUGGUAUGAUGGAUCUUGAAUCUGAAGGAAGAAAGAGUUUUACAACACCAAAAGGUGUUUCAUCAGAAGCAAGAAGAAGCUUUACAAGAUCUGCUUCUUAUUCAGAAAGUAACAACUCUUUUUAUCCAUCUCCAUUAACACCGAGAUCAGUACUUCCAGGGACAAUGAUGAUGUCUAGUAACUCUACAUCUCCAAGUCUAUGGAACUUAAGAGCUCAAGCUUUGGAUAGGUUAAGUCCUGUUGAUUUGAAGCGGUUUGCUAUGCAGAUCUUGUCACAGAGAGAUUCAGAGAGUGUUAGUGAAACAAAGAUUGGUAUCGAAGAAGAAAAUGAAGAGAGUGAGAUAUUAGCAGAAGAAAAAGAAGAAGAAGAUAAUGAUUUCUCUGUUUUAGAAACAGAGGGAACAGAGCAAGAGAUUAAAACAGAACAUCAUAGGGAAAGUUCUGGAACAGAGCAUGAGACUGAAGCAAAGGAUCAUAGCGAAGGUUUUGAAACAGAGCAUCAUCGUAUUGAAUGUUUCGAAACUGAGCAUGAGAUUGAUGCAGAUGAUCAUAUCGAAGAUUUUGAAACAGAGCAUCAUCAUAUUGAAGGUUUAGAAACAGAGCAUGAGAUUGAUGCAAAUGAUCAUAUCGAAGAUUUUGAAACAGAGCAUCAUCAUAUUGAAGGUUUCGAAACAGAGCAUGAGAAUGAAACAGAGGAUCAUAGUGAAACCACGACUUCAGAGACUGAUUCAACAGAAUCUUCUCCAAAAGAAGAUGUGCCUCCACCUCCACCACUUACAUCACCGCAAACGCCGUCACCAACGGUCUCAACGUUCAACACAAAAUCUAGUCUUCGCUCACAACCACCACCACCACCUCCAUCACCGGAACACAAAGCUCCAGCUCCUCCACCGCCGCCUCCUAUGUCAAAAGCAUCUGAAAGUGGAGAGUUUUGUCAAUUUUCGAAAACGCAUUCUACAAAUGGAGACAAUGCUCCGUCGAUGCCGGCACCUCCAGCACCACCGGGUAGCGGAAGAUCCUUAAAGAAAGCAACUAGCAAAUUAAGAAGAUCAGCACAAAUCGCAAAUCUCUAUUGGGCUCUCAAAGGGAAGCUUGAAGGCCGUGGCGUAGAAGGGAAAACAAAAAAAGCAAGUAAAGGGCAAAAUAGUGUUGCAGAGAAAUCUCCUGUUAAAGUUGCAAGAUCAGGAAUGGCUGAUGCACUUGCAGAGAUGACAAAGAGGUCAAGUUAUUUCCAGCAAAUCGAAGAAGAUGUUCAGAAAUACGCUAAAUCGAUCGAAGAACUGAAAUCCUCAAUACAUAGUUUCCAGACAAAAGACAUGAAAGAGUUGCUUGAAUUUCAUAGCAAAGUAGAAUCUAUUCUUGAGAAACUAACUGAUGAAACUCAAGUUCUCGCGAGGUUUGAAGGUUUCCCUGAGAAGAAACUAGAAGUAAUAAGAACAGCUGGUGCCUUGUACAAGAAGUUAGAUGGGAUUCUAGUUGAGCUCAAGAACUGGAAAAUUGAGCCUCCAUUAAACGAUCUUCUCGACAAGAUAGAGCGUUACUUCAACAAAUUUAAAGGCGAGAUUGAAACGGUUGAGCGAACAAAAGACGAAGACGCUAAAAUGUUUAAGAGAUACAACAUUAACAUUGAUUUCGAAGUUCUUGUUCAAGUCAAAGAAACUAUGGUUGAUGUUUCAUCAAAUUGCAUGGAGUUAGCACUAAAGGAGAGGAGAGAAGCGAACGAGGAAGCGAAGAACGGUGAAGAAAGCAAGAUGAAGGAAGAGAGAGCUAAGAGGCUAUGGAGGGCUUUUCAGUUUGCUUUCAAAGUUUAUACAUUUGCAGGAGGUCACGAUGAACGAGCAGAUUGUUUAACGAGACAACUUGCACAUGAGAUUCAAACAGAUCCUGAUCAAUCCGAAUCAUCGAUCAUGUCUUGAAAACCAGAAAAAGCUUCAUCACAUGUUUUACUCACUCAAAUCAAGAAGAGGUUGAUGCUUGAAGAUGAUUUACAAUACUUACAUUUUUGUGUCUCUAGUUUUGAUUUUGGACCAAUGCAAAGAGACAGAGAACAUUUUUUCAUUUCCUAUAUAUAUAAUUACAUGACAAAGAAGCAAUCAAGCAAAGAGCUUAAGAAACGAAAAAGUCAACGAGAGGCUAUCUUAGAGAAGACAAGUUUCAAAAGAAUCCAUAAAAGUCAACGACAGACUCUUCUUCAAGAACAUUAUCUUCCAUGAUCUUGUCGCUAUUAUCUCUAUGAUCCUCUCUCUCUGUAUCUUCUUCGAUCAUAUCAAUGUCUUCUUCUUCUUCUUCUUCUUCUUCUAGAGGUUCUUGAGAGAAGAAGGCUAUUCUUUUUACUUCCCUUUCAUCUUCAGUCUUAAUAAUCGUAUCUGCCGAUAUCAAAUCAUUAUGAUCUAUUAAAGUCGAAUUUAUCAGACAGAGCACAACUCUAAAACUU